AUGGGCGCACCUUCAGCGAUGACGUCGCCAGACGCUGUGCUCAACGGCCGAAAGGCUGGUUGGUUCCAGAAUUCAGCCAUUGUCAAGCUCAACUUGAUUCUGCUUCUAUCGAUGAUCUCCAGCUAUGCUACGGGAUUUGAUGGCUCGAUGAUGAGUGCGGCGACCACGACUCUUCCAUUGAGGUGGCCUCCUCAAUGCGAUACAGAGCGUUGGGCAAUUGGUAGCGCUUUUAUCAAUCAGCCAUUCUGCGCUGUUGCUUGUGAUUACUUCGGCCGCCGUGCAACACUUGUGGGGGGCGCUUUUCUCAUGCUCAUUGGAGUAGCACUUCAAGGCGGAGCUCAAAACACUGGAAUGUUCAUCGCCGCCCGUGGCCUCCUUGGAUUCGGGCUUGCUUUCAAUAUUACAGCAGCACCCCUUCUAAUAUUGGAAGUGGCGUACCCAACGCAGAGAUCACCACUUGUAAGUGUAUACAACUCGCUCUACUCAACUGGCGCGGUGGCAGCGGCGUGGAUCACAUUCGGUACAUUUAGAAUGUCAAACGACUGGGCGUGGAGAAUUCCAUCCAUCCUCCAGGCCGCUUCAAGCGUGAUCCAGCUGCUCCUGUGCUGGUGCAUAGAGGAAUCGCCCCGUUGGCUUGUUGCGAAAGACCGCAUCGAGAGCGCACAUGCCCUCGUCACGAAGUACCACGCUGCUGGCAACCCCGAGGACCCCAUCGUGGCCCUAGAAAUUGCCGAGAUCAGGGAAGCGCUCCGACUGGAGACGGAGGCGGCCAAAACAACUUCCUAUCUCACCUUUUUCAAGACAGCGGGCAACAGACACCGAUUCUUCAUCAUCCUCGCUGUCGGGUUCUUCUCGCAGUGGAGCGGCAACGGCCUCAUCUCGUACUACCUUACGCUGAUCCUGGAUUCCAUUGGGUACGAGUCGGAAGCUACGCAGACGCUCAUCAACGCCUUGCUUCAGAUUUGGAGUUUGAUCUGGGGCGUUGCAUUUGCUUUGGUUGUGAACAGAUUUGGCAGAAGGGUCAUGUUUAUUACUUCCACCGUUGGGAUUCUUCUAGUAUAUAUCGUGUGGACUGCUUUGGAAGCAACUUAUGAGAAGGAGACGGAACUGAAUGGACAAGGCUCCCCGGGAGUGGCUAAAGGCGUCCUAGCCAUGAUUUUCCUCUACAAUUUCUUCUUCUCCAUCGGCUGGGCCCCGCUCCAAGUGACCUACGUCGUUGAAAUCUUGCCAUACAAUCUUCGCGCCAGAGGACUUGUCCUUUAUAACUUGUUCGUGGCGCUCGCUCUGAUAUUCAAUCAAUACGUUAACCCUGUUGGCGUCACCAAUUCGAAAUGGAAAUACUACGUUACGUAUGAUGUGUGGCUUUUCGUGGAACUUGUCGUCGUCUAUUUUCUGUUUGUUGAGACGGGCGGAAAGAGUUUGGAGGAGACCGCGGCUUUGCUCGAUGGCGAGGCGAUAACUGAGAAGCUACAGGAAAAUGCAAAGCAAGCAGCAGAGGAAAUCACAGUCCACGUGUUUGAUGAGAAGAGAAGGCAAGGCGAGGCAUGA